CUCGAAAUGUGCCUGCAUGCUGACGCGAUUGAAGCAAUCUAUCAAGAAUCGGGUGGGGUUUGUUUCCAGGCGUCGGCACCGCGAACGGCUAGUAGAACGUAAAACUACAUGUACAUGUAGGUGGGGUGGAGGGGUCAGCUAGGGCGCUCCUAAAGAAAGUUACCUUUCAUAAAGAGGAAAGAGCGAACAAGCUGUAACAAUGUACCCAUACUGAGAAUUCGAGAUGGCUUCAAAUCUUCCCGGAGACUGCUGCGUUAAGGGUGUCAAGCACGAGGGCACGCCCACAGGUGCAGACAUCAAGGUAGGCAUACACCAAGCCUACUUGGCUACUCCCGAGCCAUCUACGGCCAAAGACGCUGCUAUCCUGUUUAUCCCCGACGUCAUCGGUAUCUGGCAGAAUAGCAAGCUGAUGGCUGAUCAAUAUGCCGCGAACGGCUAUCUAACCCUCAUCAUUGACCCUUUUAAAGGCGAUGCCUUAUCGCUGAAUCGCCCCGAGGGUUUCGAUUUCGUAUCUUGGCUAUCUAAGGGUUCUACUGGCGACAACCCCCACACCAAGGAGGCUGUCGAUCCUAUUAUUGAAGCUGCUAUUAAGUAUCUCAAGGUUGAGAAGGGGUUCAAUAAGCUGGGUGCCGUCGGGUACUGCUUCGGAGCAAAGUACCUCGCCCGUCACUACAAGAACGGCAUCCAGGCUGGCUUUAUGGCGCACCCGUCCUUUGUUGACGAGGAUGAGCUUGCGGGAUUCAAGGCACCGCUAUCUAUCGCGGCUGCUGAGACGGAUCAGAUCUUCCCAGCCGACAAGCGCCACAGGUCUGAAGAGAUCCUAGCUCAGGGCGGAUUACCCUACCAGAUCAACUUGUACUCGCAGGUAGUCCAUGGAUUUUCUGUCCGCUGCGACACCAGUAAAAAGGUUGAGCGCUUCGCUAAGGAGCAGGCCUUCCUGCAGGCCGUGACCUGGCUCGAUAACUGGCUGCUAUGACCGGAUAACGAAGAGAUAUCGACGAAGGGAAGGCUGUGAAGGAACCUCGAGAUAAUCCAGAUAUUCCUUGAUAGUUAUUAACUGAUGC